AUGUCUUCUCAAAGGGACGAAUUUGCUGACUUGGAAAUGAAGUACGGAGGUGACGGUAUGAAAAAGAAGAAACGGUCGAAAAUGAAAAGUGCUGACAGGUAUGCAUUAGUAGAAGAGUCUUCAAAGGAGUCGACUGGCAGUUCCAGGAUUGGUCGAAAGAAGACGGUAACAGUUGAUUUAGAAGAUCCCCAUCAACUAAGGUUCAUUAUUCCGGGUCGCGUCAAAUGCGACUGUCAAGCAUCUGCGCAUGGUCUUGUCAACAACUGCCUGUCAUGCGGACGGAUUGUAUGUGAACAGGAAGGAUCUGGUCCGUGCUUCUUCUGCGGUUCACUGGUAACAAUGUGGUUUUAUAUAUUUUGUUGUCUAUACAGUAUUUACUUGAUUUGAUU